AUGGAUACAACAAAUAAUGUAAACAAAAAGAAAACUAUAUAUGUUGGAGGUCUUGAAGAAAGUGUAACAGUUGAUAUCAUUACAGCAGCUUUCAUUCCAUUUGGAGAUAUAGUUGAUAUCAUUUUACCAAAUGAUCAUAAAAAUCAUAGAAACAAGGGAUAUUGUUUUGUAGAAUAUGAAUCAUCUGAAGAUGCAGCAGAUGCUGUUGACAAUAUGAAUGAAAGUGAACUAUAUGGUAAAACCUUGAAAUGUGUCAUUGCUAAACCAAAUACUAUCGAUAAAAACAAAUCAUUAUGGAGUAAUGAAAAGUAUCUAACUGAACAAAAUGAUGAAUUGGAUAAACAAAAAGAAUUUAUUGAAGAAAAGUUAAAAGAAGUUGCUCAAUAA